AACAAAGCUAUGCUUGUUCGGUGGAUGCACAGUCUGAUCAACUGUGUGUACCUGCGACCAACUUUUGCACAAGCUGUCACUCCACUUUCCUCGGUUUGAUUCAUGGUUUUUACAUGCUACUUUCCCCCAAACCCUGGUUUCUGCAGCUGCGCCGCGCCGCUCGUUUUCGCCACCGCUGAGUUCUGCAGACACGAGAAACAACUUUGUUCAAACACCUACAAUUUCUUGGACCUUUCGCCUUGCCGUUCUUUCGCCUUCCUUUCACUUGGGAACGGAGUUAACUGAAAACCAAUGUCAGAGUGUGUGUGUGUGUUUGUGUUGCGUGGGGCAUUCAUUUUCACAGAAAGGGUAAAGGCGCCGGCUGCAAAUGCUUGUGACUCAGGCUGGUGACAAUGAUGUCCACUUGCCUCAAGGCGUGGUAAGACUGACGCUGAUGCAUGUAGGUUUCCCCAGACGGUCGUGCUGUGGAGCAUUCCCCAACUGAAUUGGUAAUCUGAGUGAUGUGCCAACCAAAGUAAGGGGUAAUUAGGUUCCAGAAUCAAACCAAGGUGCACCGAGCAGCGCCGUUCAGCGCUUUUCCAUGAAGGCCAACAAAUCACUGUCCAUCCGGGGCCUGUGCGAGCCAAAGAAAAGAGUUGGGUUAGAUGGAACCUUGCUUGAAUGCUUGCGCGCGCGGCCCCGUCGCGCCGGUAGUAAAACAGCUCAAUGCAACAAGUGCUGGACGCGUGCGUGCCCGGAGCCAAGUCGCUCGCGCGACGAAGUUGAGCAGGAGGUAGAGUGUGUGGGACAGCGCGCUGAUGUCUGUUAGGUUCGUCUCUGCAGCUGUGGCAAGACUUUUGGCCCGUAAAAACAAUACUGCCAGGCAGCAAAGGGAGCUGCAAACAGACAGCUCGCAGACAAGUGACUUCGGAAAGUGACAGAGUGAGCGCCUGCCGGACGGUGUCAACCAGGUUGCGCGCAACUUGUUGCAGCCCCACCAUGACGCGCGUUCCGCAUGUCCACAGGUCACUCUCAAUUUGCUCGGGUUGUCUUCAAACGCAAGAAGAAAGAGCAAAGAAAGGGUUCAAGAUUGCUAUGUGUAGGGUUGGGGUAUGAUUGGUUUGCGCUUGGGAUGUAGCAGCCGCUGCAGGCGCUGGCGUGGUCGUUCAUUUUUUGCUUCGUGAUUAUGACGAUUUGGGCUAUGCUGAUUGUGGAGAUGAUCAACCCGCUCGUGCAGGAGAUACACGCCAAAUACGACACAUUUCAAGAUUGCGAGCAAUGCCUCAGAGCAACCUCGUCUGUCAUGGAUGCAAACCUGUUGCUCUUCAAGACAGUGAUAGCCGGAGACAGCUGGGGUACAAUCGCAGUACCUGUCAUUGAGGCUUAUCCUCCGACCGCCAUCAUUUUUGUCGGCUCCCUCCUGACGUUGGUCUUCGGGGUGCUUAAUUUGAUUGUAGCGGUGGUUGUUGAUACUUUCGCAGACGCCCGCGAUAGAGACAUCCUCAAUUUGGCAGAGGAAAUGGAGCAGGACAUGCAAGCGGACAAGAGGUUUCUAGAGUCAGUCUUUGACCGCAUUGAUGUUGAUCACACGGGGCAGCUCACUUUGGAGCAAUUGGUUGAGGGCGCCCGCACAGAUACAGAGUUCCAGAGCCGCUUGAAGGUCACGGACAUCGAUGAGAUGGACUUGGUGCAGCUUUUCGAGAUGAUUGACAUUGACAACUCUGGGUUUAUUGAAUCUAAUGAAUUCAUCCGACCGCUGAGUCGCUGGGUUCGCGACUCGAAGACCGCUCCUCGAUUUAUCAAGUACAAUAUGAUGCGAACCAUGCAGAAACAAGAAGAGCUUCAACAAGAGCAAAUUGCACUUCGGCAAGCUGUGGAGGUUCACUUUGCAGAGCUUUGGCAGAGGCUUGAAGCAGUACAAUCCAGUUUCCCACUGCCGAGACAAGACUGCAACAGCUCAAUGAAUUCGGGGCCGAAUUUCAACCAGCCCAUGAAGUUGUGGGGGUCUGCGAAUCCGGAAGAAUUUGUGGAGCAGCCGCAUGCUUCUGUGAAGGUCAGACUCAAGAGGAUGUCAGAGGCAGAGGCCAGUGUGCAGCAAGCCAUGGAUAGAUUGGAAGAGCUGGUGCUUCGUGCUACUGAAUCAGCACUGAAGGAAUCAAAAGGCCUUGUCAAGGGCGUGAUGAGUGAAGUUCUGGUGCUCAAAGAUCACCAAAGAGAAGCAGACACUGCGGAGGCCCCCAUGAUUGAGCCCGUGCUGCCUGUGAAGGUCGCUCCCCAAGCGAAUGUCGCAAGACCAGGGCCAGACGAAGAUUCAUUUCUGUCGGUGUCACUCACGGCAGAGCCUACAUGAGUUUUGACAGGCUUUGUAGGAAUGAUACCUUUGUAAUAUAGGUAUUUUGUUCCCGCUUUUGAAAUUCACAACUUGCCAUCUCCGAAUGGAGAAGUUUGCAGCGUUUGUGGGUUCGAACACCACUGCCAGAAAACAGUGCAAAGGUGAAUGUCUGGUUCUAGUGUUGCUCAUGGUUGGAGGAUCGUAAUGUGCCACACAGAGCUGCUGUGAGUUUGGACUUUUCAUUCAAUUUCCGAGGGCCGGUCUAUCAGCUCAAACGAUGCUACAAUGAUGCUGUCCUAGUUAAGGGCCACCACUCCCAUUUCCGGUUCCGCCGGGGUGGCAAUGUAGUUCUCACUUCACUUGAAUCCGUGCUGGGCAAGCCGGGGAUGGGAGUGCGAAGUUCUGUUCAGGAAUUUCCUACAGUAGCCAGGGUUCUUCAAUGCCAUGCUUUUGGAGUGUGCUCUGUACGGUUGAUUGAAACUGCAAAGCUCAUACAACUAAGCUUUAGGAUUGCAGACCCCCAAAAUUAUAUCCC